AUGGCGAUUUUGAGCGAGAAUGGCGCUAGUGAGGAGCCCAGGCUUGACAAGGCCCGCCACAUAAAAUACUGGACCCGCUGCCUCAAAACUCUGCUCCCGCACCAAUAUACCAGCAACGACAGCAAUAGACUCUACCUCGCCUUCUUCAUCAUCUCCGCCCUCGACCUCCUCGGCGUCCUGGAAUCGGUGCCGUCGAAGGAGGAACGCGAAGACCAUAUCAACUGGAUCUACCACUGUCAACACCCGGAUGGAGGGUUCCGGAUGUGGCCCGGCACGGACUUUGGCGUGCGGGCGAGCAAAGACAAUGCGAUGUGGGAUCCUGCUAAUAUCCCCGCGACGUACUUUGCGUUGGCGAGUCUGUUGCUGUUGAAGGAUGAUUUUUCGAGGGUGAGGCGGAGGGGGUGUUUGGAGUGGUUGCCACGCAUGCAGAGGGGGGAUGGGAGUUUUGGGGAGACUUGCGUGAAUGGAGUGGUGGAGGGGGGGAUGGAUCCGCGGUUUGGGUAUUGUGCUACUGGGAUCAGAUUUAUCCUGAGAGGGACGAUGAGUGGUCCGCUCGAGAUCGAGGGGCGGAGUGUAGGGGAUAUUGAUGUGGAUUCGUUCGUGAAAUGUGUGCAGUUGGCUGAAGCAUAUGACGGCGGCAUAGCAGAUCUUGGCUUCCACGAACCACACGCAGGCUAUACAUUCUGCUCACUCGGUGCACUCGCCUUCAUCGACCGCCUCGAAGUUGGCGACCACGCGCAUUCCAAGCGUUCCGUAGCGACCGCCCCCACAAAUCCAUCAGCAGUCAUCUCCUGGCUAGCCUACCGUCAAACCGAACUCACAGACCCGGACGCUGGCAUCGACUCGGAAUUUACCGCCCCUGAUGACACCACGGACAACGAUCCGAGCCAGAAACCCGGCGUGGGCAAAAUCGCCAAGAUCCAACAGAAAGCCGUGACCCCGGCCCACCAGACCGCGGAACACAGCGUCGGCAUCUCCAUCUUCGACCUCCUAGUCGACGGCGCCGGGAUGUCCGGCCGCACGAAUAAAGUCGCAGAUACCUGCUAUGGCUUCUGGGUCGGCGCCUCGCUACAUCUCAUGAAACAACCUACUUUGUACGACCAUGCGGCCAUGAGGAGGUAUAUGCUGGGUAAGACGCAGCAUCCUGUCCUCGGCGGGUUCGGGAAAUUUCCCGGGGACGUGCCGGAUCUGUUGCAUGGGUAUCUUGGGUUGGCGGCGUUGGGGUUGUCGGGGUGCGAGGGUGUUAAGGUGUUGGAGGGGGGGAUGUGUUUGAGUCGGGAGGCGAGGGAGCGGUUGCCGCUGUUGUGGAAGAGAUGGGAUGUUCAUGAUGAGGAGUAG